AGGCGCACUCCUUGCCUCGCCCCAUGCAUGCGCGCGGCUGCUGGGGCGAGCGCGCGGCUGUGGGCGGAAGAGAAGACCGGUGGCGGAGCGGGCCCCGAAGCAUGCUGUCCCUCCUGGCUAGGGCCGCCGCUGGGCCGCUGCGCCCACUGGGCCUCUCAUCCUUCUCUUCCCUGGCCCCGUGGUGGCGGGCGGCGGCGCGGCCCGCUACGGUGAGCCAGGCCCUGCUGCCGCCGCGGUACGGGGCGGCCCCCCCCAGCGGCCUGCUGGCCCUCCCGCUGCUGUCCGGGCCGCCGCUGUUCCCCGCGGGGCUGAAGACGAAAACGUCGCUGAGGAGGCGCUGCAAGGACUGCUACAUCGUCCGGCGGCGGGGCCGGCUCUACGUGUACUGCAAGACCAACCCCCGGCACAAGCAGAGGAAGCUGUAGCCCGGUGGCCCGGAGCCCUGCGGCGGGGUACCCCCCGGAGGGGAGAGGACGAAGGUGGUGUUCGCCGGUCGGGCCUCGGGGCCCUGCUUUCUGGAACCGCUCCUUCCCUCUUCCCUGGCUGCCCCGCGACCGCCGAGAGCUGACUGCUGGGGACACAAACGGCGAAGUGGUGUCGGUGAUAAGGUGUCGCCUGAACGCUGAGGUGUAGCGAGUUAAGUUCUCGACAGCCCUCGCCGUAACUUCAGGCCACGGAUGCUGAGAACUGAAGUGGGAAGCCUCUUGUCACCUAAGCCGUGAAGCCUUACUUAAAAUCACCUCGCUGAUAAGUUACUAAUGGCAAAGCUGAAUCAUCGGACUCUGAGAUACAUUUUUGUUUUUAAUUAAAAGCAAAAUGAAAAUAAAUGCUGCUGAUUGUGAAUUAUUACAAUA